AAUCAUUUUUCAUAAUUAAAAGAUCACAAUGGGAAGAGCUCCUUGUUGUGACAAAAAUGGACUCAAAAAGGGCCCUUGGACCCCAGAAGAAGAUCAGAAACUCUUGGAUUACAUACACAAAAACGGCUAUGGCAAUUGGAGAACUCUUCCCAAAAACGCUGGUUUGCAAAGAUGCGGGAAGAGUUGUCGACUGCGCUGGACCAACUACCUCCGGCCGGAUAUCAAGAGAGGACGAUUCUCGUUCGAGGAAGAGGAAACCAUCAUCCAACUCCACAGCAUCCUCGGAAACAAAUGGUCGGCGAUUGCGGCCAGGCUUCCUGGGAGAACAGACAAUGAGAUCAAGAACUAUUGGAACACGCACAUCAGAAAGCGGCUGCUGCGGAUGGGGAUCGACCCAGUCACCCACAGCCCCCGUCUCGACCUCCUCGACCUCUCCACCCUCCUAAACCCCUCUCUCUACGGCCAACAACAACAACAAUACAACAUCAACUUCUCCAGACUACUGGGAAGUCAACCUUUGAUCAGCCCCGAGCUGAUAAGGUUGGCUUCCUCCUUGCUCUCCUCCGACCGUCGAACCCAACAACCGCUUCUCGUGCCGCAGAGCCAGCUCACUACGAAUUGCUACAAUCAAACUUCUCCGUCUCACCUUCCCGCCACUUCCAGUCAAAAUCAGAAUCAGAAUCAGAAUCAAGAUCACUUGAUGCAAUACGGCGGCCAGGGCCAGAAUCUGGCCCCCGUAUUGGGGGAGUGGCCGGAGUAUGACCAGAUCGGAAACUACGGAUACUACGGGUCGGAUCAGUCGGUGGUGGAUCCGGGUCAGGGUCAGGGUCAGUCGUCAGAGAUAUCGGCCUUUCAGUCAAACAGCAGCAGCAACGGCUUCAGCUUCCAAUCCGUUUUGUCGAACAUCUCGACGCCGUCGUCGAGCCCAACGGCGUUGCAUUCUUAUAACAUGACGGAAGAUGAGAGGGAGAGUUACUGCAGCGAUAUGUUGAAGUUCGACAUUGCGGCGGCGGAUAUCUUGGAUUUCAUCUGAUUUUUUUUUUAGUUUGAACUUUCUCAACUUGUAUGUUUCUUGUGAAAAUCAAUGUCACUUCUUCAAGUAUAGCUUGUUCAAUUAACUUUUCUCUAGUGUUCAACAUCAUCUGACUA